CACAACGCGAAGAACUCGACGUACAAGCUCGGCCACAACGAGUUCUCGGGCAUGUUCUGGGACGAGUUCGUCGCCCAGUACGUCGGCGACGCCACGGGCGCCAAGGCCUACAUGGAGCGCGAGCGCAACUACGACUACACGCUCGCCAAGCAGGUCGACGCGGUCGCGUCGGACGUCGACUGGGUCGCGUCCGGCGCGGUCACGGGCGUCAAGAACCAGGGCCAGUGCGGCUCCUGCUGGUCCUUCUCCACGACGGGCGCCCUCGAGGGCGCCUUCGAGAUCGCGGGCAACACGCUCACGUCCCUCAGCGAGCAGAACCUCGUCGACUGCGACACGACGGACAGCGGGUGCAACGGCGGCCUCAUGGACAACGCGUUCAAGUGGAUCCAGUCCAACGGCGGCAUCUGCUCCGAGGCCGACUACGCCUACACGGCGGCCAAGGGCACGUGCAAGACGACCUGCGACAAGGUCGCGACGCUCUCGGGCCACACGGACGUGCCGUCCGGCGACGAGGACGCGCUCAAGACGGCCGUCGCCAUCGGCCCCGUGUCCAUCGCCAUCGAGGCCGACAAGUCCGUCUUCCAGUCCUACUCUUCCGGCAUCCUCGACUCGUCCGCCUGCGGCACGAACCUCGACCACGGCGUCCUCGUCGUCGGCUACGGCACCGACGACGGCUCCGAAUACUGGAAGGUCAAGAACUCCUGGGGCACGACCUGGGGCGAGUCCGGCUACGUGCGCAUCGCCCGCGGCUCCAACAUCUGCGGCAUCGCCUCCGAGCCGUCCUACCCC